AUGAUGCUAACCAAGCAUGAGAUUAAUAGUGCUACUGCUGAUCAAGAAGAAGCAAUACUAUCAAUUUGUGACUGGUGUAUUGAGCCUAUUCUCUUGUCUGAUCCUCACUAUGCUUGCGCCGAGGGCGAUUACUUUCUCCAUAAGACUUGUUAUCAAUUCCCUGAUGAACUACAAACCCCAAAACAUCCCGAGCAUUUGCUUACACCGAUGACAGUAUUGGCUGUUGCUGGCAACUUUAGGUGUCAUGCCUGUCUAAAGGAGGGAAGUUGUCUCUACUAUGAAUGCAAAUCCUGUAAAUUCUACAUUUGUAUCAAGUGCGUGAGUGCGAGCUUGACAUCAGCUGUUUUGCACAAUUCUCAUAAGCAUCUCUUAACUCAGGUUGAAAACACAAAUCGGAUAACGUGCAAUGCCUGUGGCGUUGACAGAGGUAGUUUUGGAUUUGGUUGUGAAGAUUGCCAUUUUUAUUUGGACUACGAGUGUGCCCUGAUGCCACCUACAACCAAACAGAAAUGGGACGAGCAUAUGCUCGUGUUAUCUUAUCCUCCUUUUGUUGAACAUCCAGAUGAAUUUUGCUGUGUGAUCUGUGACCUCCAAAUGAAUCCCAAUGAAUGGAUGUACCACUGUCAUGAAUGUGACCAAUCGUUUCAUCCUUGGUGCAUUCCCCAGAUUCAUCAAAAUACCAAGUUUGGGCGUGCCAUGUAUGUAGAUGAGCACUCUCACCCUCUCACCCAUAUUCCCGAGGCAUAUGACGAUGCAAUCUGCCAUGGCUGUGAUAAUAAUUUUGAUGAUGGGGAAGAGGCUUUUCAAUGCACAGAGUGCAGCUAUUGUCUCCGUGCAGAUUGUGCUUGCAAAAGGGAAGUUCUAGAUCCUUGA